UGAAGCAGCACUCCACCAGUCUGCUGCUGCUCCACGUGCGCAAAUCACCGACUCCCUCUAAUUGCAACUCAACGUCGCUUCCUUUCGGGGGGGUACUGUUGUUGUGACACUUCGUGGGGCGUUCAACUUCUCACUCGCGCAGAAGGCCCACUGUGGACUACGGGGUUUGUGUUAUUAGGAGUGAGUUGUGGUCCGGAGAGACGGCCGCCGGUCCCAUGCCAGCGCCCCGCGCGCCUGGCUGCACUCCGCCCCGAGGACGGUGCCCCGGGCUCGGGGGUUAGAUGGUGCUGAUCACGGACGACAGGGAUGGAGGCGGCGUGUCGUCGCUGCGGGUUAAACAGCUCCACCAGCAGCACAAAGUCGGGGGAAACAGCACCCUGGUCCACCCGACGAUCGUCGAGGAGCCGCCGUCCCGCCCCGACGACGAGGACUACCUGGGCUCGUGCGAGGAGGAGGACGAGGAAGAGGAGGACGAGGACGACGACGAGUCCGAGGAAGUUGACUUUGAGGACUUGCAGGACUGCCGGAGCAUCGUGUCGGACGACUCCUUCUACCCGCCGGACGAUGCGUUCGCGGACUCGGAGCGCACCCCGUCCCCGGAGAGCCCGGAGCCGCUGUCCCUCUUCCGGGCGUGCUGCUCCAACAACGCGUCCGUCGUGCGGCUGAUGGUGCGGCGCGGCGUGAAGGAGGAGGAGGUCCACCGCAAGGACCGGAACAACAGGAUAGGGCUGUUGGUCGCGUGCUACCAAGGUUACGUGGACGUCGUCAUAGCGUUGUCUCAGUGUCCGUAUCUGGAUGUCAACUGGCAGGACAGCGAGGGAAACACGGCUCUCAUCACUGCUGCUCAAGCAGGCCACAUAACCAUCACCAACUACCUGCUCAACUACUACUCCGGGUUGGACAUCGAGAGGAGAAACUGCCACGGCUUCACCGCCCUGAUGAAGGCCGCCAUGCAGGGCAGGGUGGAGUGUGUGCGCUCGCUCAUGAUGGCGGGAGCCGCCAUGAAUGCCAGGGACUCGGGCCGCAACUUCACCGCCAGGGAGUGGGCCUCCUUUACGGGCCGCUAUGAGACUGCCUGGGUGAUGACGCGCCUGAUGGAACGGCCCUGCCCGCACCAGUGCUCUGAAACAUACAGUCCAGAGUGGCCCCCACUGGCAUCACUGGCGGCCAAAGCCCAGGAGCCGCGCGGGUGCCUGAAGCGUCUGUCCGACGCCGUGCGGAACGUCUUCAACAUCUCGAAUGUCACCAACCCCGAGGAUCAAGGCGUUAUUGACCACAUGGUUUCCAUAACGACGGCCAUGAGGUGCCCGGUGGUUGCUGUGGCAUGUCAUACAGUGUGUCCAGACAGCCCCCCGAGUGUGGGCAAGCGGCGUUACGCGGUCCCGGAGAUCAUCCGCCAGCAGCGCGCCAAGGAGCUGCGCUCCAUCAACCCCGACAGGGUGGACAGCCACCUCAAGCUCUUCCAGAACUCCCGGGUCACACUGGUGGCCAAGAACACGGUGGACCGCCGGGCCAGCCUCCAGGCCCAGGGCGCGCCGCCUCGCCACCGGAGCUCCAGCCUCAGCGCGGCGACUCAUAACGAGGCCCUGGAGCUGCGGCGGACCAGCCUGCUGCCCUUGCACAUGGUGCUGAGGAGGAGCAGCGUCAGGCCAGGGUUCAGCAUUCCCAAGGUGCGGGUCUCCAAGGCCCCCACGCCCACGUACCACCCAGAGAAGAUGCGGCGGAGGAGCAGCGCCAAGGACGGAGGGGGGCACCUGUUGCAAAUACCAAAGUGGCGGUACAAGGAGCUCAAAGAGGAACGGAGGAAAGCUGAGGAGGCAGAGAGGAGGAGGCUGGAGGUUCUAACCAAGAAAAAACUUGCUGCUGAUGGGAAAUAAUACUGCCAUGAACACCUCAGCUUCAGAGAUGUGGCUUUGAUAUUUCUCGGCAUGAUAGGAAUAAUCAGAUGUGUUUUCUAAAAGGAGAAUAAAAGACUGAAGGCUGCAAAGGGGGAUGCAAGUUGGCGGCAUCACAUGCACAAUGCUCAGCGUCCUUCAUGAUGUCAACCAGUGAUUAACCGGGGGAUUUGAUACUUGAAAUGAUUUGAAUUAACUUAUUUUUUUGAUAUUUAUUACUUUUCGAUGGAUGGCCUAGUCUAUAUUUUAUAACGCUUUUGGUGUUCAAUACAGCAGUGCUUUUACAGUGAGUUCAACUGUAACCACAGCAGAAAUAAGUUAAUAUUUCUGCCUGUUAUAGUCUUGAAAUGAUGCACGGGAGAAAACCCACCGGUGUGUCAUGUUGAAAAAGCUUUAAUAGCAAUAUUCUAGAUGCUUCUGGUUCUGCUUUGUAAUGACUAACCCAUGAAUGUAAUUUACAUAUAAACUUUCUAUUUUAGCUUUGAAUGCUUUUUGAUGAGAAACUUUAUUUUUUAUUAAUUUUCACUUACAAACAGCUACGUUUUCUAGUCUUAACUCUCG